AUGCAAGCGCCCACCGCUGCAAGCUGCUCUUGGGAUGAUGACCCCCUGACGUCCCCGCUGCCCGGUCCUAUGCCCGGGUCCACUCCAGCAGGAAUCCUUGGCACUACCAGACUGGCUCACGGUCUGGUGCUUCUUCCCCCGUGCUGUGCAGGCGGCGUGAUUCCGUCAUUGUGCGCCCCCUCUUCCAGCAGUCCGCGGGCAGACGUAGCGCCCGUAACGACAGCGCCCGCCACAGCACCGCCGGACUCCCCCUCCUUCAUUAACUUUCCGAGGACGGCUCGGAGAGGCCAUGCCAGCUGCUGUACCUCGUCCGUCAGGCCUGAAACUUUGCUCUCCUGGUUGUCAACUCUGCCCUGCGUACUAGUGGUGACGUCGGCAGCCUCUGCUGCAACAUCGGCGCCACUCAUCCCCAGCACGGGUUCCCUCGAGGGAUACACUCUAGAGUGUUACUAUACCCAUGUAUGUGUGUUGAAGAUGAUGGUAUCACUUGUAUUUAGGACAGCAGACACGAUCAGGACGCGGCGGGAGAGAAAGAGAGUGCCACGACACAGCAAGCACUCCCNGACCAUCAUCGUUGAGGUGUUCGGGGAGUUCGGGCUAACGGUGUCGGAGAAGAAGACGGAGACGCUCCUGAUGCGCACGGAGGACAAGCCGACUACAACAACACAGCCCCCCCCGCCUCCACCGCUGACCAUCGAAGCCGCGGGACAGAAAUACGCCCAGACGACCGAGUUCCAGUACCUCGGUGGCCUCGUCAACGAACAUGGCGACCUCACCCGGGAGAUCAACUACAGGAGCAGAGGAGCGUGGGCGUGCCUCAGGCGAUAUGGCCAGGAGCUCUUCGACAGACCGCAAGCGCCAUUCCGACUCAAGAUCCGCCUGCUCCAGGCGGAGGCGAUGGAGGCGCUGCUGUACGGUUGCAUGACAUGGUCACCACUCAGCGGCCACUAUCAGACGCUGCGGUCGAUACACCACCCACUGCUACUUCGAGUUAUCGGGUACAAGCGCAAGAAAGACACCUACCGGAAGCUCUCUUACGCCCAGACGCUCAAGAGGGUCGAAUGUCAGAGCGUUGAAGCCACGAUCCGACAUGGACGCCUACUGUUCGCGGGAGCAUUGGCAAGGCAGCCGGACGGGCGACUCCCGAAACGA